UUUUAGAGUUUUAUUUAGCUUGUUCGAUUAUGAACAUGCUUACAGUGUUCUCCCUAUUUGGUCUUUCUAUGAUUCUACAGUCUGAUGUCAGUGCAUUCUCAAGUUCUGGCUCUAAUGUUUGCAGUGUACAAGUGUGUACAUGGCAAUUGGAAUAUCGAUGUGCUUACCGCACAUGGAACGGAGUUUGCUGCUACUAUAUACGAGUUAAAGUGCCGUAUUACAGAACAGACUACUUUUGUUGUAGGGGUUGGAAGUCGAAUGAUAAUACAAAUUGUAAUGUUGCAAUCUGCAAUCCAGACUGUUUAAACGGUGGGACGUGCACAGCUCCUAAUGUAUGUUCAUGUCGAGAUGGAUACCUCGGUCAAAUAUGCGGUGGCGGUGAGUGGUUAAAUUCCUUAUAA